AUGAAUGUCUCGCGUCCAGCGGAAUCGGUCAGCCACCCAAAUGGCGUGACAAAUGGCUCUAGUACUGUAGCCUCGAACGGCAUCGCCAACGGAACGGCCAGUGUUCCCACGCCAGGCCUGAGAUAUGGCAUGUUCAGUAACUGGAGGCCUCAUUCGAAGAAGAAGGAUGACCGCGUGGAAGCAUUGGAAGUGAUUAAGAAUGGCUUGUCCAAGAUGACCAGAGUCAAGGCUGUUCUCGGAUUGGAUAUCGGACUGGAUAGCGGCCCGAUUUACAUUGACACACGGGAGGAGCCUCGCAUACUGCAGACAUUUGACGGAGAACCCGACUGCCGGGUGAAAAUAAAACCUCGCUAUAUCAUUGCUUUUGCUCAGGGCCAGCUGGAGCCGCGAUAUGCUCUAUUUAAGGACGGUUUCUUCGACGAGUCGACAUUGCCCAAGGGAGACAUCAAAGUUGCAGUCAAAUUCGCUGACGCCUUGUGCCCUGUGGAUCCAGUACAUCCUGUAUCGCCCAGCCCUGGGGCCAGGUUACCGACUCCAACGGAAGACAUUGACCAGGUCAGGCGAGAUCUGAAAGAAUUUGGCUAUGGCUUGGUGAAGAAUGCUUUGACCCAGGACCAAGUCCAGCUUUUGGCAGAAGCCAUUCGUCAACAGGGACGCGGUGAGGUAGAAGCUGGUGUUGCAGCGAAGGAUGGAGGCCCAAACGCGCCCAACCAAAGGAUCUGGACAUUGAUCAACAAAGGACAAGAAUUCCUCGAUCUGCUAGAACAUCCUUUGAUUGACGAGGUUAUACCAGAAAACUUGGGUGAACACUUUCUGGUCCACAGCUACAGCGCAAACAUUGCACGCCCUGGGAAUACACCGAUGAUGUUGCAUACGGAUCAGGUCGGCAUUCAACCGCCUGUUCGGAACGUGUACUUUGGCAUCAACAUCAUGUGGUUUCUGACGGAUGUCACGGCAGAGAAUGGUGGAACGCGUGUAUUUCCCGGCAGUCACCUUGGUGCCGUUGCUCCAGAUGAUCCUUUUAAUAUCGACGGGACAGUGGCAGCAGAAGGGCCAGCAGGUACAGCACUUGUCUUCGAAAGUCGACUCUGGCACGCCACGGGUCCCAACAGAAUGACAAGUGGAGAGAGGCCAGUGAUUCUCAUGUUCUUCAUGCGGUCCUAUAUCCGGCAACAAGAGAACAACUUCCUGUCCAUCAGACCCGAAGUCGAGGCCAACUUGUCUGACCGUGCCCGGAGGAUGUUGGGGUGGUGUACAGAUGGGGCAUUCGGUGGCAUUGAGGGCGAGGUUCGCGAAGGAAACUUCGUCAAGAAGCUGGCCAACCCGGUUGGGCCUUUCAGGGACUCGCAUAGAUAUACGCCGUUCCGGAUGGAUAUGAGAGCGAAAGGGGUCAUCGCUUCCCGCACUGCCGAGCUAAGUGGGAAUAGAGAGGUGUAG